AUGGCCGUCGCCUCGACGCCGCUCGUCGCGGCACCAUCGUGCCCGGCCUGGGCGAAGCAUCGUCGCGGGCGCCAGCCGCAGUUCGACGGCAAGCCGUGCGAGCCUGCUAAGGAGGAGGACAUGUGGCUGUGCCUGGCCGACGGCCGCGCGCGCAGCACCGCCGACCUGAAGCGCCUGGCGACAGCCGCUCGGGUGCGAGCGAAACGAGCAAGAGAUGCAGCCGCCGCGAACACGCGCGAUCGGCAGGCGCGCGACCAGCGCCGCCGGCAGCGUGAGCAGCACGACCGGCGCGCAGCGCCGGCGGUCGCCAAGACCGUGCGCCCACAACGCGGCCAGUGCGGCUGCCCGGCGCACGCGGUGUGCGGCAUGUGCGUCGACCAGGGCAAGCUCGCCGCGGCCGAGCAGGCGGCCAUCGACCUGGAGACGCGCUUCCACGCCUCGACGAACGUCGUCAUGGACCUGGAGCGGCCCGAGGACGAGACGGCGGCGCUGCUGCAGCGCUGCGUGCACGUCUCCGACGAGACGAAGCGGCGGCUGCUGGGCGAGUGGAGCGACGAGCGCAUGGCGCACGCGCUGCCGCUGCACGCAUGCGCCUCGUGCGGCGUGCGGGACCCGUCGCUGACGA